GUACCGCUUGAUGACGUGUACGCGAUCACGCUUCCCGGAAGUGAAAGUGUCGCUGUACAGAGUUUAGAAACAAACUGUCGACCAGAUGAGUUAAUGUUAAUUUCAUUAAUUUUGCAGACAGAUUGAUCAUCGAGAGAUAUUUGAUUGACAGACGGUGCGUGAUGAUGCGUCACUGCGUCACUCUGGUGAUUUUAAUACUGACAGUGUGUGAGAGCAGCGCGAGGAUCCACCAGCUCACACUUAAGAAUGAGACCCGGUUUGUUGUGCACUUAAACACGUUUGGUUAUUUUGCCAAUGGCUCUCUGGACGUCAAUAUGUCAUCCCUUGUGCUUCCAAAUGUGAAGAAUGACCCCAAUUUUCCUGUUGGCUUUAGCCUGUCAAAAUCUCGAGUCAAUGGAGUUCUGUCCUACACAGUUGAGGAGCCAGCGGAGUGCACACUGAGUAAGACCGCGAGUAAAGAUGAACUGAUACUCUUCAUCAUUGACACAGAAAAGCUCAGUGUUCACAUGAAGCACUUUGGUGAUUCAGACAGCGUGUUGGAGGAUAAACCGAAGACAGAAGAGAAGGCUGAUGGAGCAAGAAGGAGAAGAGAAGAAGAAAAUGCAAACACAUUACCAAAAACAACAGGAGAAGAGAAAGAAACACAACCAGCAACUACAGAAAAAAAGGAUGACAAACAGGUGAAUAAUGGUUCGAUUGAGAAGAUAUUGACCCUGAAGAAAGAUGGAGAUUCCUACAAAUUCGCCUUUCAUCUCACUAUUGGUGCACGGUCUCAAGGCUUGUACAAUCUGGACUUCCACAACUGUCACAAUCUAAAAGGCGGAGCGCUGAGUCUUUAUUCUCUCAAUGUGAACAUCACAGAGAAGAAUCCAGAUGGUUUUCUCUCAGCAUCUGAGAUUCCUCUGCCUCGCCUCUACAUCUCAAUGGCAGCCAUCUUCUUGACUGCUGCUAUUAUCUGGACAUACACGCUGCUCAAAUACAGGUACAGUGUGUUUAAGAUCCACUGGCUGAUGGCAGCGCUGGCGUACACUAAAGCCGUGUCUCUGUUGUUUCACAGUAUAAACUAUCACUUCAUCAACUCUGAGGGUCGUCCUAUUGAAAGCUUGGCCAUCAUGUACUACAUCACCCACCUGUUAAAGGGGGCUCUUCUCUUUAUCACGCUGGCUCUCAUUGGCACAGGUUUUGCCUUUGUUAAAUACAUCCUGUCGGACAAAGAGAAGAAAAUCUUCAUGAUCGUCAUUCCUCUGCAGGUUUUGGCUAAUGUUGCCUUUAUAAUCAUUGAAGAAACUGAAGAAGGAUCCAGUGAAUACGCCCUCUGGAGAGAGAUACUCUUUCUGGUGGAUCUCAUCUGCUGUGGAGCCAUUCUCUUUCCGGUCGUCUGGUCUAUUCGGCAUCUGCAAGAGGCAGCUAAUACAGAUGGCAAAGCUGCAAUGAACCUGGAGAAGUUAAAGCUCUUUAGACAUUAUUAUGUCAUGAUUGUGUGUUAUAUCUACUUUACACGGAUCAUUGCUAUCCUGCUGAAGGUCACUGUGCCGUUCGAUUGGCAGUGGUCUCAAGAGUUUUUAGUGGAGAUUUCCACUUUGAUCUUCUUCGUUCUGACCGGUUUUAAAUUUCGUCCGGCAUCAAAUAACCCAUAUCUACAGCUGCCCCAGGACGAGGAGGACCAGGAGAUGGAUGAAGUUAUCACCGAGUCGGGAGCAUUAGAGGGUAUCCACAGGGUCAAGAAGACGUCUAACGGCCGAGAGAGACCGAGAGAGGAACCAUUGUGAGGAACAUAUUGACGAGGGCAGAACUUGGACUUAAAGACUACCCUGGUGUUGUUACCACGGAAACCACAGCAUCACUAUGCAAGUGUGAAAAGAUGGAAUGGAUAAGAACAUGAAGCGCCACAGGCUUAAUUCUGCUGGAUUUCCUUGUUUGUUAAGAGCAAGGAAACGGGCCGACUUGGACAGUAGCGCCACUGAUAAAAUCUCUUGCUUUGGUUUACAGUAAUGAAAAUGACUCUGCUCGAUCCAUUAAUGUGUUUGUUCGUUUACUCAUUUUUUCCUUCAUUCCAAAGAUUUACAAUCAUUUUACUGGAUGUGCAUUUGAUUCCUUUUAUCUUUAUUAUAAUUAUUAUUUAACCGAAGCAACCCUGGCUGGUGAUGAAAGUUGCUGUAUCUUUUUGUUUGUAUUACACAGCUUUUCUGUUAAUUUUAUGAUUGAUGUCAAAGAUAUCUGAAGGCAAACUUUUCGAUAGCUACCAAGAAACUAGCCUAAACAAAUUAAAUCAUCAAACACGUCUUGUGGUGUAGACGUGAAUGUUCUGCCUUACAUAGAUGGAGAUAUAUUUAAGUUGUUUUGCUGGACAAUGUUCAAUUUUCACGCGUGAUCGGUUGACAUUUAUAUACAGUCAUAAACGACGUUAAAAGCUUCUGACACGUACCACCUACAAAUAAAUAUUCAAAAGUCAAGAUCCAAACCUAGACAAAUAUUCAAAAGUCAUGCUCCAAACUUAUGUUUUUCUGCUGUAUUUUGAAUUUGGGGGUGCUUUAUUUUACAUUGUAACAUUGGCUACAUGUGUUUUGUUGGUUUUCCUUGUAUUUUAAUCCGGUAAUUUUCAUAAAUUAAGUAUAAACCACUGUUAUACCGUUUCUAUGCCUCGAGCGAACGAUCGGGUUCUGUUCAAAUCUACCGAAAAGCGCGCCAAGCUUUAAGUUUAGCGUUGUAGAUUUGUCUCGCUCACUGUAUUCAUUGUGUUUAGACAUGCAAACAUGUGGACUUAACGGUACUCAAGUUUGUAGUUGUUAUUUUCUGUAUCAGGGCUUUUGUUUUUCUGUCAGAUAAACUCAAUCCUGCUUGAUUUGGUUUGGUUCACCGUACUAACUGAUUCAACUUGUAAGGUUUAAAUAAACAUAACGUAAAAUACC